UUAAAUAACAAAUGGCGGACUGUUGUGCUGUCAAUUUAUCGUCCUGUCAAGAAAAUUAGUGUAUUAAUCAUAACCAAUGUAUCAUUCUCAAUCAAAGAAAGUAGAGUUUUUUUAAUCGACAUAGUGGCAUUAAUAUUCACUGGUUUCAUCUACUGGAAAUUGUUUGAUUCAUUUUGGAAAGUGAAUUUUGUACCCAGUUUUUAUAGUUCCUAGGUGUUUAUAUCCUUUUGAUCGAACUCGAACGGCUCCAGGAUGUCUACGUCAAUGAUGUCUGGUGCGAAAUUACAGGACGAUAUGAGCAGCAUACCUCUCGCUGAUGACGAUCCCCAAGUGAUUAUUCCUGAGGAAGAAAACGAUAACUCUAACAGAUCCGAUGUCUUAAUGCACGGUCGUAGUAUGGACUCGAUUCCAUCCACCUUCACUAAUGGAAGUUGCAGUCCCAAUAGCUUAGAUCCAGACAUAAGUCCAGAUGAACAGGAAGAGAAGGCAAGACUUAUAUCACAAGUUCUGGAACUUCAAAACACUUUAGACGAUUUGUCGCAGAGGGUGGAUAGUGUCAAGGAAGAGAAUUUGAAACUGAGAAGCGAAAAUCAGGUUCUGGGACAGUACAUCGAAAAUUUAAUGUCAGCUUCCAGCGUCUUUCAGUCGACGAGUCCUAAAUCUAAAAAGAACUUUGCACGGUACGAAACGCAGAAGCUGAGAUGUUUAUACAAACAUUGAUGACGAUUUAUCGUGGCUACCAUGUUAUAGGUGUUUACAGUUGUCAAAUAUCUUCGCUGCAAUCUGUAGAAUAUGUAAUUAUUGAUGAGAGUGAAUUAUUAGCUUGACAAAUUUUAUGCUCUUGGGCACAAGCAAACUGCACAAUCUUAAAAAGGUUCCAUUGAUAAGUGACACAGGGUCAUAAUAAACACUUUAUUGUAGAAAAAA